UAAGCACUCCCAUGUAAGGAAACCACACAGGAAGUGACGUCCGUACAGCGCGCCAUCUCUUGCCGUCAUCGCUUCGCGCCGCCGCACAUGGAUCUGGGCAUGGAUCCCUCUUCGCUCCCGCCGCCGGUGGACGGCGACUCCGGCUUCGCAGGCUCGAUCGUGGCGGAGCGGUUGCAGACGCUGAGGGUCGCCUGCGAGGGCAGCUGGGAUGCAAAGGCGGCGGGCCCGCUUUCCCCGGAGCUCCUCCGCGAAGGAGCCCCGGCGAACUCCUCGGAGCCUCCCUGGGUCGCCCUGAUUGCGGGAGAUGCUCCUCACUCUAGCGCCGCCGCUGAAGGGAAGCCGGCUGCCGUGGGGGAUAGCAACGGCCGGUCCUCUCCAGGGACGGGCGGUGAGGAGGCUUCCCCGCCGGUUGAGGCUGUGGAGGCACCGCCGGAUAAAGAAGAGGAGCGGCGGCCGUCCGAGGAAGCCAAGGUGGUGGACCAUCCUCAGCCGUCCUCCUCCUCCUCUGCUUUUCAGGGCGGUAACAGCGAAGAGGACGGAGACCUCGAUCGCCAAACGGCAGCGCUCUCCAAGGAGAAGCCGCCGGCGCAACGGAGCGAGAAGAAGGGCCCGUUGUCAGGGGAAGGUGGGGCCGUCUCGGAAUCGGACAGUGAUACUGAUGCAGACAGUUCAUCUUCUCUUUCCUCCUCUUCCUCUCCUCCAUUGUUAUCCGAUGAUGAUCAACAAGAUAAAAAUGAAAACAAUUCUCCUACUAAAAAAAAAAGUGAAUUGACUAAAAAACAGGAACCACCUCUUGUUGAAGACCUAAUGAUAAUUCUUCCUGAAUCUGUUAAAUUAAUGCCUUUUGGACAAGUUUCCAGCAUCAUUGAACAUCAAGUAAUAAUUGAGUCCGAGAAGGGACUUCCUCCAGUGAAUGAAAAUACAGUACUUUUCAAGGAAAAUCGUCAUUCAUUAGGAAAAAUCUUUGAGAUAUUUGGCCCAGUGUCACAUCCCUUUUAUGUAGUACAAUUUAACAGCCCUGAGCACAUUCAGUCUAAAGAUAUUAAAAUAAAAGAUGCAGUAUAUUUUGCUCCAGCUGUGGAAAGCUUCACUCAGUACAUAUUUCCAGAAAAAUUGAAACAAGAAAAGGGAUCAGAUGCAUCUUGGAAGAAUGAUGACGAGCCACCUCCUGAGGCUUUAGAUUUCAGUGAUGAUGAAAAAGAAAAAGCAGCAAAAUCACACAAGAAAUCUCAGAAUAUAAAAAGAAAGAAGCUCAGAUUGCAGCAAAAUGAUAGCAAUGAUAAAGGACCAAAUUAUCAGUCCAGACCACAACCUCCUUCAGAAUAUUCAGUUGGAUAUUGUAGAGGACAGCCUACUACCAGAUUUUCAUGGAACAGACCUCCUCAAGUAGCUUCUUUUCCACGUUUCUAUAGACAGCACAAUAUAACUCCACAAUAUUAUUCCUCUGACUAUGCACACUUGCCAAAACCACCUACUUUUUGUCAGCAACAGAGACUGGAAAGUAUGAGAAGACAUCAGUAUUCCUUCCCACCCCCAUCUUUUGAAACUGUUAGUCAUAAUGCAAAUUUUCCACCCCCACCCCCACCCCCACCCCCACCAGUAGAUUGGGGGUGGCCUCCUACGUGCCCUCAGAACACCUAUGAGCCUUUAUUGUCUAUGUUAUCUUUACCUCCUCCACCUCCACCUCCACCGCCUCCACCAUCUAUAGAACCUAACACUGGCAGUUCUCUUUAGGAGAGAAUACAUUUUCAGGUAACCUAUACAAUUAAACAUCCUAUCUCAAUGGUAGAUAGGCUAAUAUUUUCUUAUUUGCUUUGACGGAAGUAUACUAUUUUUAGUUAUGUACAGAAAUUAAAAUGAGCAUUUUGUAUGGAAUAAAGAUAUGGAAAGAUG